UCACGUGUCCGCGGGUUACUUGGCAUUCUGGGACACAAACAGUGGUCGGUAUGAAUAGCUUUAACAGCGACUACAGCAGUAUCUUCCACUGUGGAAGAAGGAAGGCGUGUGAAACAACAACACCCAGCUAGAAGACCACCAAACAGGUUUUCACAUCCGACUCCUGGAGUGUGUUUCUCGCUCUGUUAUCCGGGAGGAACGGACGUGGAGGCCAGCCACGGAGGUCUCUGAAAUGCAGCGCUGGACUUUCUCCACGCAGAGAGUUAUUUAGCUUACGACAGGAGUGAGUUAGCCGUGCAGUGAUUUAUGCUAACCACUUUGCUACUGUGGAUGGCGAUGCAGGUGGAGUCAUAAGAAGCUGGCUCUUUGGGAUCACUUAGAUACCUGUCUUCUGAGGAGUGUCGGGCUGGUUUGUCUCCAUCCUCUAACGGUGCUUUGUCCUGAGCCGAGGGGUGACAACUCUGAAUAUGGCGAGUGAUUCACACAGGGACUACAAUACUGGCAUUUAUAAUGCCAGACAUGGACUUGUGCUGGAUGUAAAGACUGUCUGGGAAUCUCAAACAUCACAGCUGUCUCCAGGGCAGGCAGUUCAUCUGAGCCCUGCUGCUGGCCCCCACAGCUCACCUGAGGACCAACAUGUCAAUGUCAGGGUCCACGAGCGUGCAGAUUUUCACCAAGCUCGUCAAACAUGCAGUGGGAAAGGCACAAAUUCAGCUGAACCGCUGGCUGCAGAGGACUGCCACAGAGGAGUGUGACAAAAUAGACAUCCUGAUUUGCAGCGCUUUUGAUGAGACGGGGGCUGGCAUUGGUAAGUCAGAUGGAGACCCUGAGGUCGUCAGCGCCGCAGGAGGGACAACCUUCAGCAACAGCGCAGAGUUCAGACACCCAUGCUGUAUCACCACCUUCUGCUUCAAGAGCGCCCUGCUGGCAUGCAUCCUGACUGCUGUGUGCUUCUCCUCGGUCGCCCUGGUGCGCCAAUACCUCAAGGACCUGCUACUCUGGGUAGAGAGCUUGGACAGCUUCGUGGGAGCCAUGCUGUUUAUAGUUGGGUUGAUUAUCGUGUCGUUCCCAUGUGGAUGGGGAUAUAUUGUUCUUAAUGUGGCAGCUGGCUACCUCUACGGCUUUGUGCUGGGAAUGGGACUGGUUAUGGUGGGAGUGCUAAUAGGGACCUUUGUGGCACACCUUGUGUGCAAACGACUAUUGACUGAAUGGGUGUUAAACAAAGUUGGGAACAGUGAGCAGCUCAGUGCUGUCAUUCGAGUGGUGGAGGGAGGAAGUGGACUCAAAGUUGUGGCCUUAGCGAGACUCACUCCCAUACCUUUUGGGCUCCAAAAUGCAGUUUUCUCUAUCACAGACGUGUCCUUGCCAAACUACCUGGUGGCCUCCUCUGUGGGUCUGUUGCCCACUCAGCUUCUCAACUCUUACCUGGGCACCACGCUGCGCACCAUGGAAGACGUCAUUGCAGAGCAGAGCGUCAGCGGCUACUUUGUGUUCAGCCUCCAGAUCGUCAUCAGCAUCGGCCUGAUGUUCUACGUCGUGCACCGCGCUCAGGUCGAACUCAACGCAGCCAUCGCCGCCUGCCAGAUGGAGCUGAAGUCAUCGCACAUGAACGGCUCCUCCACCAAUCACAGCGGCUUCACCUACUGCAGCAAGAGAGCGACAGCGGGUGGAGGAAACUGCAUUAACGUGGUGUGACAGAGAAUUGACACACAAUGCAGAAGCUCAUUUGAAUUGGUGAUGAACCUGUAGAACUGCAGAGCUAAAGGUAACCACACCAAGUUAAGACAAUGUCUGGUGAAGGUACGUCUUUAGUUGGUACGACGUUUUAGAUGUGUGGGACCACGCACCUCUGAAGAAAAGGUGCUGAUGGUUUUGGGGUACAUUUUUUGGAAAGUCGUUUUUUAGUUUUUUAAAUUUAUUUUCCUUAAGGUACUUCUUAACAUUUGCUCUGUUACAGGAGAUGUCAAUGAAAUAAUGAUAUUUAGAAAUAUCAGAGGUGACUGAGUGAGUGAGUAAUAAAAAAAAAAAUAGCUUGGCUUACCGCCUGCUAACACUAUGAAUGUGUAAUCUGGAGCUUUUCUAGAGAACCAAGGAAUCACAUUUCCAUGUCAGUGUCAAAGAAUGCCAGCCUAUGCACCUUUCUUCCAUACUACAUCUGCUGUUCCUUUACUUUCAUUAUCUGCCUCGGUCCACGGCUAAUUCACAGUAUAAAUAACAAGGGCAUUAUUAAUAUUUUUUAAGAUUUGGCUGUUGAGUCCAAAACAUUUUUGUUCAUGUGUCUUAUUUUUGGACUAUGAAGAGAGAGAGGUGAAGGCCUCAUGGGGCAUCUUUGACGAUGUGACUUCUGCUGGCGCACGACCAUAUCAGCUGAAUUGGCCGCGUCUGCUUCAUUUUAGUACAUCUCCAGUUUUGAUAAGAGCAGCUGGAGAGGAGUGCAGAUUUCCCAGCAGGAAACUCAGGAAUGUUUCUGCCAGGAAAGUUGAAAGUUGCAGCGUGAUCAGCUCUUGGGCAGCACAGCCACGUGUUCUGCUGCAGAAAGAUUCCCACACUGAACUGAAACUGAUGUCAGGCUUUCCUGUAUAUCUUUUUAUCUCAUUCUGAUUUGAUUAUACAUCUCUUUUUGUUUUACUUUUUUUUUUAAUUUGUGAGAUGAUCCGUUAGGAUUGCUACAUAGUUUUUGCUUAGGAUCGUAGUUUUUUUUUAACAUUUGUGCAAUAUCAAGAACAAUGACAAAAUGGCAUGAAUGUCAUAUUUCAGUGCUGAAACCAAACUAAUCAGAAAUGCAUACAAACAACACAACUUGUGUUAAUUUAACGUUUUACUUACAUUAUAGAGGAGGUGAGCUAGAUGAGGUAAAGAGGCUGUUAUUUUUUAUGUGCCAUAAUUAGAUAAACACUUACAAGACGCCAUGACACUGGCCCCACCUGAGCUGAGGCUACAUGUGACUUACUUAUUGUAUUACUUAAUGUUUUUUUUAAUCAUCUGUGAAGAAUUCCUUCUUGGUUAAGCUCUUAAUAUACCAACAAUGCUCUCCUAAUUAUAGGUUCUUUUGCACAGUCCACUAAUACAGCGUAUUUUCAUACAGAUAUGUUAAACUAGGAAGGGGGUUUGGUUGGUCAAAGGUUGAAACUGUUGUGUCUCAGAAGCUGACAAUCAAACACAACAUGGACACUAAGUGAUGAAUGUGAUAUUACUUUUCAUUUUUACAUGAAUUAUUGUGAUGCUGCUCCUCAGACAAUGUCUGAUUGAGGAAUAAUAAGGGCUCCUUUAUGAAAUAUCCACCUUUAUUUCCCUGUUUUUUUUUUGUGUUUUUUUUUUUACUAAAGCCUCUUUAUUAAUGCUGAAAUAACUUUUUGUGUCCUCAAAGCCAGAUUAAAUGUUCACCCGUGCACAUUCCAUGCUGUCAGUCCUGCAAAUCACUGUAGAGUUAUGUGGAUGACAUAUGUUGGUUAGAAGACCCCUUCCUGUCGGAAUUUAGCAAUAAUUUUUGAAAGCAAAAACUAUAUGAUAAAAGUCUGACCAAUAAGAUCUUUGGCAAAGUGUCAGAAACAGCUGUUAAAGAUCUGCCUGUAAACUUUUACUUUCUUUCAAAGGUGAACAAAAACUGCAUCCAACUUUUUUGUUGAUCCAUGUUCCCCUGUAAGGUUCAGUAUCAGUAUUCCCAGGUUUGUGCUAGUGUUCAACCUGCCUGUUACCUCCCGCUGCCUCUGACUGAGAAUUUCUGCUCUGCCAAUGAUGGGGGAAGACUCGCAUGACGUCUGUGAUAAAAACAGCUUGUUCAAAACAUUGCACUUUCUUUGAAGGGUCUCAAAUUCUUCAAAUUUGCUGCUCACCACUCACUUUAUACGUUUCUUUGAAUCCAACCGAGACAUUUUCCCAGUCUGACUUUGACUGCAGGUUUAUGUAGAGGGAGAUGAGUGGCAUUUAUCAAACCUGCUUACUAGUCUCACCUACUCACUUUUGGAAAAAUGGAUUUCUCCUUCCUUCCUGAUGAGAAACUAUAAAUACACAUGGCUUCCACCUGACAGCAGUGACCUCUUACCCUCCAAAGGAAGUGUGAUUUCAUGAAGCUGUUCUGUUCAGACUAUGAAAAUAACUGGACUUAUUAAUAACCUUCAUUUAGAGAGCACUUUUCAAAAUCCAAGUUACAAAGUGCUGAUUUUACACCAUUCUCAAUGCAAAAAUCACAUCAUAAAAAUGGGAUCAGCUACCACCAACACAUCCAAUGUUUUAGUCUCAAUUAGGAUUUUGAAAACUCAAGAUUGUGGAUAAAUGAGCAGUUUUUUAGGUAAAAGCUUUGGUUCUUCCUAGAUGGGCUCUACUUAACUCUAGAUAUAGUUAUGCAACAACUGAUUCCUGAGGGAAGUAUAUUUUAUGGGCACCAACAUGAGACCUGAGCCUGGGAUGUAAAUGCACACCUGAACUGUUGUAAAGGAGUACAAAUUUGACAUCAAGAGUCAACUUAAGGGUCUCAUUUGGUGCUAUGAAAUGCAAUACUUCCCAUCUGUAUCAAGUGCAUUACACAAAUGCUGUAUUUUGUAAUACAGAGAAUUUUACAGUGUAUAAAUAUUGAUAUUUAUCACUGUACAAUGCUUGUUCAGUGUUAUUUAUGAGGAAAAAAAAUAAAACCUGUUCAACUUUU